AUAGGCCGCUGCUGUGUGCUUGAUGUCCCGUCCGUCUGCGGUCUGCAGGGGGAGAACUGAGCAGAGCUCACUCACUGGAGCUAGCUUUAGCAGGCUGCUGGCUACACGCGAGCAGGAAGUCAGUAAAGUUGCAGAAUCAUAGCGGGUUUCGCUUUGCUUUCUCUCACAGCGAUCGUGAAGAGGGAGCAUGAGCUCUGCCGCCUCUCCGACUAUCGGGGAGUUGUUCCUCAUCCUCAGUGAGAUGGGUUUCACAGAGGAGCAGAUUCAGGCAGCUAUGCAGGCUGGCCACUUUUCAGUGCCAGAGGCAGCUGAGUGGCUCUUACAGGGUCAAUAUCCUCGGCACAAGCUGGUCAAGCAGCCGUCACAGCCAGCUGAGACGGCGUUUUCUGCUUUCAACCCUCCCAAAGAGACGGCAAACACGUCAGAGGCUCAUACAUCUCCUGCUGACAGCAGAGCAAGUCCUUCAUUGGUUCUGAGACCGUCUCAGUCCUGCUCCUUGUCCCCGGAUCCCACACCAGUUGAAUCCCGAAUCAAACAAGACAAGAGCGACUUUGAAGAGAAGGAAAGACAGCGCGUUGCUCAAGAAGCUCGAGCGGAGAGGAGACAAAAGAAGCAGGAGCGGGAGUUGGUGUUGAAACGGAUCGCCGAGGAUCGGAGGAGCUUGCAGGAGAAGAGCCAGACUAGUGCUGCUCCUGAGUCGUCUCCUCCGAGCGGUCAAGGCCAGAAGCUCGGAGGAAAGGUUCAGACAAAUGUGGACAACAACUGCAUCCUUAUGAUCCGACUGCCGUCUGGUGAGUCCAUGCGUGAGCGCUUCUCGGCCGACGCCCCACUGCGGAGCGUCGUGGAGCACAUCACCGGGCGUCACCCGUCCCUGCCCUCGUUCUCUCUCCUCCAGGGUUUCCCACGGAAACGCUUCGGGGAGGCGGAGCUCGCCUGCUCGCUGCGCUCUCUCGGCCUCACCCCUAAUGCCGCUCUGUGUAUUCAGACCACUCCCCCAGAGACCCCUCAGGACCCCCCAAGUCCUGCAGAAUCGCCGUCAGCAGGCCAGGUCGAGCCCUCGCCGUGUGCCGUGCCUCCUCAGCCAGAAAUCCCUGACCAGGACAAUGCAGGAGAGCACAUCAUCCCUCCUCCGCUCCCGAACCAGCUGUGGGAGGAGGCGGUGAAUUACGCUGGGAUACCCGGAGCGGCUCCUGCUCUGUCCAGGCCGUCUCACUUCUGGGGGCGAGGCCAGAGGUUGGUGCCCGGGGAGGAGGCUGCCGUGGAGGCCGAUGAGGAACGAGAAGAAGACCCAGCUGACGUGCUCAACGGAAUGCCCCAGCUGCCUUUCUUCCCGGAGAACAGGAUCCGUGGAGGAUUUGAGCCCAGGCACCACUGGCCGGAGCAAGGCAAUAGACUCAGAGAGGCCCCUGAGGAGGCCGCGGCGGACCCCGAGGAUGCCGGAGGUCCGGUGGCCCCUGUGGCCGCCGGUCUGGCUGCAGUCGAGCGUCUCCAAAGAGCCGCGCAGCAGGACGAACCCCACUCCUCCCAGGGUCAACCGUCGCCGCCCAAAAGACCCUUCAGGACACCGAACGUGCCGUCUCUCUGUGCCUUGGCCACUCGAGCAGCUGUCCACCUCAUGACCGCUCCCAGCAUGCAGUACAGCAGCAGUCUGGCGGGCCUGACCGCCGAGCUGGCAGAGCUCCUCCUCAACCACAUGUCUCGAGAGCGGCUGCUCCGUCCACGCACCCUGGAGCUCUUCUUCGGCUGCCCGAUGCAGAAGUUCGUCCUCAACAACUACCCCUAUUCUACCAAUGAGCUCCUGCGGCAGUUACGGGCCUUCACGGCUCUGAAGCACCUCAGUCUGGUCAACUCGCCUCUCAUAACAGACUCCGGCCUCUCCAUCCUGUCCAGCUUGGUCAAGCUUCAGUACCUCAACCUGGCAUCCUGUAGCAAACUGACAGACUCCUGCUUGCAGCACAUCACAGGAUUGAAAAGCUUGUGCUUCCUCUCGCUGGAUCAGACCAAAGUGACGGACGCCGGGAUGGUGAAGUAUCUGCAGUCGGCCCCGUCCUGCCUCUCCCAGCUCAGCCUGAACCAGACGGCCGUGACCGAAGACACGCUGGCGGUUCUGCCGAGCUGCGUGCCGCAGCUGCGACUUCUCAGCAUCAAGCAGACGAAGGUUAAGGACGUGACAGCCCUGGCGGAGAUGUCCAAUCUUCAGACUCUGAACUUGGAUGGGACGGGUGUGACGGAGAGCUCACUGGAGCACAUCGCCACCCUCCCCGCCCUGUCGUCUCUCAGCCUGGGAGGAAUCGCUGUGCUCGAUGGCAAUCAUACCCUCCAGAUUAUCUCAGGUCUAAAGUUGACUCAUCUCACCCUCCCUGGACGCCACUGCGUGACCGACGGCGGGCUUUCAUUCCUCUCCAGCCUCUCACACCUCUUAGAGCUGGACCUGACGGACUACACCCAGGUUACAGACCGGGGCGUAAGCCAGCUCUCCACCCUGACCAGGUUGAAAAAGCUGUCUCUCAGUAACACCCAGGUGACAGACGCGGGGCUUCCUUCCCUGCGGGGGCUGCAGGACCUACAGGAGCUGUGUCUGGACCGGACGGCGGUCACCAGCCGGGGGGUGUCUGAACUCAUCACCUGCCUGCCGCACCUUCAGGUGUUGGGCUUGGCCAGCACUCAGGUGGGAGACACGGUGGUGACAAGAGGCCUGAUCCGCUGCAAUCAGCUGGUUAAGCUGAACCUGAGCCGCACGCGGAUCACAGAUCGCAAUCUGAAGUUCCUGAAACAGAUGCACCUGACUCAGGUGAACCUGGACGGCACCGGCGUCAGCCUGAUGGGGAUCGUCAACCUCCUGUCUUUCACCAACAUCAGCAGCAUCCGGGCCAGCAACACCCGCACCAUCCCCCGCGAGGACGUCUCCGACGAGGAGUGGGAGGCCGAGUGAGCUCCCCCCCCUUUCCCCAGCCGCUAGGCGUACCCGAAGCACUCCUAUUGCACUGUUUCAACAGCAGCUAGUGCCACUAAUCUGUCAAUCGCGCACGCUAGGUUGGAACCUCAGAUGGGAGCCUUGUGUCUGACAGGUGCUCCACGAGGAACGUUUACACACAUAAAUAAAUAUAAACGUAGUGAAUCGAGUAGACUGCAGCCCCCCCUCUACCUGAUGGACUUUAAAGCUUUACGUGCACUUCUGGAGCCUGCUGGCAGACGAGUCGGGAAAGUAUAACACAGCAUGUAGUUUCUAUUAACAGUUCGGGCAUAUCUCGAAAGGAAUUGAAAACCCUGGCAUUUGCAGCCUGAUUUAUUUUCUCUUUUUUUUUUUUUUUCUGAAGGGAUGUUUAGGUUAGAAAAACGUCUUCCAUCCAUUUCCUCAUUUAAUUCCAGAUCUUGUUUUCAUGCCAUGUUGGAUUUGUCAGAUCACACUAAAAAAAAAUCUCAACUUUUCUCUGUUCCUGGGUUGAAAGUGUUUUUUCCUGGUAGCCUGUACUAAAAGUGCAAAAAACAAACAAAAAAAGAAAAAAAAAACUGGUUUUGCCCUUUAAAGUUUGCUUUUAAGACCAGGGCCUUGAAACCUUUGAUUUUUCCCAUUUUCCACAGUAUUUCAUGUGGAAUUGGACAGGCAAGAAUGGUCUGCCUCUGAUCCAACCUCACUAGAAUUAAAACGCCUCGUGACGCCAUGAGUCAGUUCUGUGCUUUGGGUUUGGAGCGAUUGGUUUAGGUGUUAGAAAUUAAAGCAAAAUUUCUGUCAUUAGUUUGCUUUAUUCGUCUAAUCAGUAGACCAAAAGCUGCCAAAAUGGUGAGUUUUUCUUAAAACUCAGUUAUUCCAUGAAGUUUGGACAUCAUAAGGACCGUGUCUUUGGUCUGUCCCGGUCUGGAACUGAGGAAAAUGUGCUUUCAACCAAGCAACAAAACGGUGUCAUUGAGCACAGUUAAACAGAGCCUCUUGGAUACAUUUUAGUUUUCUUUCUCAGUUUUGUACUUAAAAGAUUCAAAUUUAAAUUUUCAAAAACAGUAGCAGCCAUUUCCCCCACCUUGCUUGAGUAGUAUUCAAAGCGAACAUUGAACGUGUAUCUUCGUUUCUGUGUGUGUGGCCCCGUCACUCCAUGAAGUCUUUUGUUUCCUCAGCCGUAUUCGGGGCCCAGCUUCGUGUUAAUCAUACCGUUGUACAGCCACUGAAUGUGACACUACAGCCUGACGCACACUUGAUUUUUUUUGCCUGUUCCGAGUUAAACAUGUUCAGUGUUUUAGAUUCACAUUCGAAGUUUCGGUGCACCUGAUCGCAGCUUUUCCAUGAAGUCUCAGAUGAAUUUUACUUUCAAACUGCAUCCUGGCGAUGCGUUGUCCUUACCGUUAUGGAAGAAUCCAGAAUGUGGAGAGCCAGCGUUGUGUGCGGCGGCUCUGGUGUAAUGUAGGAUCUAUGCAGCCGCAGGGCUCAGAAGGCAGAACCCAAAGCAGAUUCAACCUUUAUUUCCUUCUUUGUUUACAGAGAUGUAAAAUAGUUUAUUUUCCCUAAAGCUUUUGAUUUUUGGAUACAAGCAUUGUAUUCAUGGUGAUUAACAAUAAACUUCUCUGGAAUCCC